AUGCCCAGGCCGGGGAAGAGCUCGUACAGCGACCAGAAGCCGCCUUACUCCUACAUCUCGCUGACAGCCAUGGCCAUCCAGCACUCGGCCGAGAAGAUGCUGCCGCUGAGCGACAUCUACAAGUUCAUCAUGGAGCGGUUCCCCUACUACCGGGAGCAUACGCAGCGCUGGCAGAACUCCCUGCGCCACAACCUCUCCUUCAACGACUGCUUCAUCAAGAUCCCGCGCCGCCCCGACCAGCCGGGCAAGGGCAGCUUCUGGGCGCUGCACCCGGACUGCGGGGACAUGUUCGAAAACGGCAGCUUCCUGCGCCGCCGCAAGCGCUUCAAGGUGCUGCGGCCCGAGCACCACCUGCCCGGUGGCGGCGGCGGCGGCGGCGGCGGCGGCGGGGGUGCGGGCGGCGGCCCCGGCAAGCCCGCGGCGCCCGCCCCGCACAUGCUGCACUACUUCCACCCCCGGCCGCCGCCGCCGCCGCCGCCGCCGCCGCCGCCGGGCAAGGCGCCGGGGCUGGCGGGCUCCGAGGCGGCCGUGGCAGCCGCCGCCGUGGCCGUGGGGCGGCUGCCGCCGUUCUCGCCCUACGGCGGCGGGCAGCCCUCGGGCUUCAAGCACCCCUUCGCCAUCGAGAACAUCAUCGGCAGAGAUUACAAGGGCGUGCUGCAGGCCGGCGGGCUGCCGCUGGCCUCCGUGAUGCACCACCUGGGCUACCCGGUGCCCGGGCAGCUCGGCGGCGUGGUGGGCUCCGUGUGGCCGCACGUGGGGGUGAUGGACCCGGUGGCCGGCGUGCCCGUGCCCCCCGACUACGGACCCUUCGGCGUGCCCGUGAAGGCGCUCUGCCACGCGCCGCCGCAGACCAUGCCCGCCGUCCCGGUGCCCAUCAAGCCGGCGCCCGCCGUGCCCGCCGCCUCGGCCCUGCCCGCCCUCGCCGUCGCCGCCUCGCACGCCUGCCCCGCCGCCUCCCCGGCCGCCGCGGCGCUGCUGGAGCCGCGCGCGGGCGGCGCCGCCGAGGGCAAGGGCUGCCUGCCCUCCGUCCUGGUGCGCUCCUGA